AUGGAGGACUUUCACCGGAAAUCCCAGGAUUACAUAAAUCACACCGACUGGUUGGACAUCCAGACCUCCAUGGGCCUCCACUGCUGGGUGAUCUUGCCCAUCGCGCUGCCUGUGGUGUGCUUGGCCAUCUGCGGGCUCUUGUCCCUGAUCAAGAGCGACCAUGUGGUGCCAGUGUACGUCAUCAACCUGCUGAUCUCCGACGUGCUUCAGGUUUGCGUGAAGCCGAUCAUCUUCAGUCUGACCUCGGGGAUGGUGUUUGAGGUGCUGGGCGUCGUGUACGCAGCGAGCCUGAUUGCUUGCGUGGGCUUCAUGGUGUGCAUCUCGGGGGAGCGGUACGCCAUGAUCGCCCACCCCAUGUGGUACCGCUUUCACCGGACUAUCAGAAGGUCCGUCCUCUACUGCCUGCUGGUCUGGUUGGCAGCUUUUGUCAUUGUCGGCGCGGUAUUGCUGGCGACCUUUGCCGCGUUAAUCAACGUGCAGGAUGUUGCGCUAUGCCUCGGGAUAGUGCACCUGCUCCCUUACCUGCCGGUCGUGUGGUUCUUCGUGGGCACGUGGAGGGCCCUGUCCAAGUCCAAAGCCGUCUCCGCUCGGGAGAAGAGAAAAGUCAUGGGUACACUGGCGCUCGUUCUGUUCACCUACACUGUCUUCUUCCUGCCUUAUGUGAUUUUAAUGCUGGCCUGGGAGUUUAUGCCCAAACUGCUGAUGAAGGAGGACGGAGGAGGGUUUGUCAGGCACUUCCCCGUGAUAUGCAACACCCUGCUCUCCCUGAGCCCCAUGGCCGACCCCAUACUCUAUGUGCUAAUGCGGGAGAGAAGUCUACUCGUAGGCCUAAUGCCCUGCUGUUGCCGCCGCCGACAACAACGCCGACAGCAAAGGCAGCAUCUGCAGGCACAAUCCGUUUUGUUGCCAACACAACAGACUACUACUACCAGUCAUGCAGACUCUCACAAUUAA